UUAACGGUUAAAAAAAAUAAAAUAAAAAUAAACAGCCUUUACGCGACGCCAAUCCAUCUACGUCAUCAUUCUACGACAGUCGGGCAUGCCAGUUAUUGAAGGACAAGCAGCGCUUACCGAGGAUGAGACUCUUUUAAGUCUUGUGUGCAGGAAACAGCCAUGGCUCUAUCGUGUCUAAGUCGGGCUCUGCGCAGUCUGUCUCUUUCACAGACACCUCUGUUGUCAUCGCAGACACUGGCUAAAGUGAUACCUGACGUCCAACUUCCGUUACCAGCGCUGAGCCACAGUACUAAUUUACAACUAUGCAGAGGAUUUUUAACAACGGCGUCUUUAGACCAGAACCAGACGAAAUGGAAACAGCGGGAUAAGUACACCAUCAAGCCCAUUGGAAUGAAAAAGACCGGAGGCAGAGAUCACACAGGCAAGGUGCGGACACAUGGUAUUGGUGGGGGCCACAAGCAGAGGUACCGCUGGGUUGACUUCCAGCGCCUGCGCUUUGAAGAGGGAAAGGAGGACCAGGCCUUUGACGAGAAAGUUGUAGAAGUGCGCUAUGAUCCAUGCAGGUCUGCAGACAUUGCCCUGGUGGCAGGGGGAAGCAGGAAGAGGUGGCUCAUCGCUACGGAGAACAUGCAGGUCGGAGACCUCAUCAAAACCUCCGGAGUCAUCGGACGAAUGGCAGUCUCCGCCAACGAGGGCGAUUCAUACCCGCUCGGAGCUCUUCCUGUGGGCACUCUGGUGAACAACUUGGAGUUACGACCGGGGUCGGGAUCAGUUUAUAUUCGUGCUGCAGGCACCAGCGGAGUCCUGCUGCGUAAGGUCAACGGGACGGCCAUCGUCCAGCUCCCCUCCAAACAGCAGGUCCAGGUGGCGGAGACCUGCAUGGUGACGGUGGGUCGCGUCUCCAACGUGGACCACAACAAGAGGAUCAUCGGCAAGGCGGGCCGCAACCGCUGGCUGGGCAUCCGGCCGUCCAGCGGCCUGUGGAAGAGGAAGGGCGGCUGGGCCGGGCGCAAGAUCAAACCGCUGCCGCCCAUGAAGAGCUACGUCAACCUGCCCUCCAUUUCAGCCGCUUGAGCACAGGGCUCUGACUUCGCUCUCGCUGUGUGUGACUGAGAAGUGUCUUUGUAUCUAUUAAGCAAUUACGCCACAAUAAAAGUGGAAAACCACGUGUUUGACUCUGGAAAUGAAAACCCCAAAUGCUGGUUGUACAGAAGAUUAAAAACUUUAUUUUAACACAAAUGCUUGUGACAGCAUGGAAAGAAACAAAACCAUAUAAAAAAAUCAAAAACGUAUUUACAACUAUAGUAAAACAUGCAAAGAGUAACCCAUAUUUUCUUAGUGGUAAAUUUAAAAAUACUGUCAUGUCAUUUAAAAUAGGGUUUGUGCAAAGACACUUGGGUGGCAUUUCAAAUCCCAGGAUCAAUGAGGUGGCGCUUGGCAGGCUAUGGAGUAGGACCACUUAAGGGGAAAUGAUGCAUAAGUUAUGUUGAAAGUUUGCUUACUGCAGUGCUUUAAGUUUGGUGAAAAAGUUGCUGUAAAAGCCGAAAAGCCAACUCACUGAUCCAUUCCUGUAAAACACCCCCAUGCUACCUUUUUAAAUCUAGGGUAAAAUGUAACGGAGGUCAUUGAAAUACACCUGUAUGCUCUUUAUGACGUUUUAAAGGGCCAUCUCUUUUACAGCCUUCUCCGGCCCUGGCUAGCACAUCACAGCACAGGGCUUACGAAUGGACACUGGCCGGGUCAUCUCUGGAGAAUUUAGCGAAUAGGUAUUAAAGUAGAGAAAUGGAACAGCUCGAGUGUACAGUCACAGGGAGACAUGUGGCGGUAGAUGUUGAAUAAGAGUUACUUUUAACAUCAAGUAGCAAAGACGAAAGCGCAAAAGAAAAAAAAAUACUUGUCAGACUUGGAGGCGCUCUAUCCCGUCAUGAACGCUGAGCCCCGGUUAUAGAGGGCUCUUGUUGCACUCGGAUAAAGAAAUGCCUUCUGGUGACGGAAAGGUAGUGGUUUAUAUUUCAGACAUAGCCUCCAACGACCUCCGAGCCCAAGUGUGUUCUGAAUGGAGCUGAACGGUGGAUUCAACCACAAAAAGUGCAUUACACAGUGGGCGAGAAAUUUACAAGAAAUUACACAUUGGACUAGUGUUUGCAUUUUAGAAAUCAAACAAUUAUUGAAAUACAUUUGGCAUCCAGAAGAAAUAAAGGUUAAUUAUUUGUGCUUUAAAUUUAGUAGGAGGGGGGGAAUUUGCAAUUCACAAUAGUACAUCUUCUAUAGUUUAUAUACAAUACUAUAAAAGACAGCUUGUUUAAGCUCGAAAGUCUUCACUUUAUAUAAAAAGCAACAACAGGUAAUUCAUCACCAAGAAGGCCCUUUUUUGCUAUCUCUCAAAGGUUUCCUAUUGCAAAUAGUUCACAUAAGUAACACACUUCAGGGAGUACCAUAAAAUAUUUAGCACACCUACACAGACACACAUAGGCAGUGACUUAAACCCUCUGCUCAUCCCAUCGCGUCGUGCGCACGUUAAAGUCAGACUUUCAUAAAGUCCAAAACAAAACAUUUCUUAGUAUAGGCAUAUUCAACACUGAGUGGGUAACUUGUCUUAACGACGUAACAUUUAACAUUUUUUUGCACUACUUCCAUAUCAAGCCACAUAGGGAUUAUUAUAUUUUGAUGUUCUCGUUUAGCAUUUGAACACUUAAAAGAUGUAAGAAGUCGCAAUUUUUUAUUUGGACCAAUAUGAGCCACUUCGCUGAAGCAAACAAAGAUUUAGGGAAACGCCAUACUCUAAGCGGAUUCCUGCAGGGACGAGACCAAGCCGUGUAGUGUAUAUUCAAAAGCGCUAAACCAACUGGAUUUUGGCACAUCACCACAUAUCUACUCAAGAAGUCCCGAACCACAAAGACGGGUUUCCAAGUGACGCUAAUGAGAGCCGACGCAUCUUCUAAACACAACAGACAAACAUGUGGUUAGGAACCCCAAGUUACCCCUUACAAACAGGGGCAGGCCGGAUGUCAACACAAGGGGAAUCAGUGAA